GUACCAUCGCACCCGAUGAACGGUGAACGAGCGUAAAUGGAGUUCUGCCUCCAGCCUGGCUGCCGAAGGCACAAGCCGUUAGGAGCAGGGGCCCCUGCACAGCCCUUGUUCACGGUGCUGAGCUAUGUUUAGAUGUGUUAGUCGCCGCAUAGUGAGAGAAGAUCUGUUUCCAGAAAAGUGGUUGUAGCAAAAGUGAUUCUGUUUGGUGGCAGAGUCCCAACGCUAGUGAGGUAGUGAAAGUGGACAGCUUACAACUUCAGCUCGGCUCAUCAUCCCUGUCCGAGAGCGGCCCUGAUUCUUCUGCCUGGAUAACCAUUUUCUCCUGUAACCAUUUGUUUCCUGGCAGGAAAACAUUUUAAUUUCUAAGCAAGACGCUCUAAUUCAAAUGUCAUGUCUGUGACCCAGAAUAAAAAUGGAUGAUAAUUCAUGUAAAUGUGCGCAACACAGCAACCUGAACCUGCAUUUGGCUCAGUAGGUGGUGAACCAUGGCGAUGUGGAUACAGGCUCAGCAGCUCCAGGGCGACGCCCUACAUCAGAUGCAGGCCCUGUAUGGCCAGCACUUCCCCAUCGAGGUGCGACACUAUUUAUCCCAGUGGAUUGAAAGUCAAGCCUGGGACUCAAUAGAUCUUGAUAAUCCACAGGAGAACAUUAAGGCCACCCAGCUCCUGGAGGGCCUGGUGCAGGAGCUGCAGAAGAAGGCAGAACACCAGGUGGGGGAAGAUGGGUUUUUGCUGAAGAUCAAGCUGGGGCACUAUGCCACGCAGCUCCAGAACACGUACGACCGCUGCCCCAUGGAGCUGGUUCGCUGUAUCCGGCACAUUCUGUACAAUGAGCAGAGACUGGUCCGAGAAGCUAACAAUGGGAGCUCUCCAGCUGGAAGUCUUGCUGACGCCAUGUCCCAGAAGCACCUUCAGAUCAACCAGACGUUUGAGGAGCUGCGCCUCAUCACACAGGACACGGAGAACGAGCUGAAGAAGCUGCAGCAGACCCAGGAGUACUUCAUCAUCCAGUAUCAGGAGAGCCUGCGGAUCCAAGCUCAGUUUGCCCAGCUGGCCCAGCUGAACCCCCAGGAGCGCAUGAGCCGGGAGACAGCCCUCCAGCAGAAGCAAGUGUCCCUGGAGGCCUGGCUGCAGCGGGAGGCACAGACACUGCAGCAGUACCGUGUGGAGCUGGCUGAAAAGCACCAGAAAACCCUGCAGCUGCUGCGGAAGCAACAGACCAUCAUUCUGGACGACGAGCUGAUCCAGUGGAAGCGGCGGCAGCAGCUGGCCGGGAACGGGGGUCCCCCUGAGGGCAGCCUGGACGUGCUGCAGUCCUGGUGUGAGAAGCUAGCCGAGAUCAUCUGGCAGAACCGGCAGCAGAUCCGCAGGGCUGAGCACCUCUGCCAGCAGCUGCCCAUCCCAGGCCCCGUGGAGGAGAUGCUAGCCGAGGUCAAUGCCACCAUCACAGACAUCAUCUCAGCCCUGGUCACCAGCACUUUCAUCAUUGAGAAGCAACCUCCUCAGGUCCUGAAGACCCAGACCAAGUUUGCAGCCACCGUGCGCCUGCUGGUGGGCGGGAAGCUGAAUGUGCACAUGAACCCCCCGCAGGUGAAGGCGACCAUCAUCAGUGAGCAGCAGGCCAAGUCCCUGCUCAAGAACGAGAGCACCCGCAAUGACUACAGCGGCGAGAUUCUGAACAACUGCUGCGUCAUGGAGUACCACCAGGCCACGGGCACCCUCAGCGCCCACUUCAGGAACAUGUCCCUAAAACGAAUCAAGAGGUCCGAUCGUCGUGGCGCAGAGUCGGUGACAGAAGAGAAGUUCACAAUCCUGUUUGACUCACAGUUUAGCGUCGGUGGAAAUGAACUGGUCUUUCAAGUCAAGACCUUGUCGCUCCCAGUGGUGGUGAUUGUUCACGGCAGCCAGGACAACAAUGCGACAGCCACUGUCCUCUGGGACAAUGCCUUUGCAGAGCCUGGCAGGGUGCCAUUUGCCGUGCCUGACAAGGUGCUGUGGCCGCAGCUGUGUGAAGCGCUCAACAUGAAAUUCAAGGCCGAAGUGCAGAGCAACCGGGGCCUGACCAAGGAGAACCUGGUGUUCCUGGCACAGAAGCUGUUCAACAGCAGCAGCAGCCACCUCGAGGACUACAACAGCAUGUCCGUGUCCUGGUCCCAGUUCAACCGGGAGAAUUUGCCAGGACGGAAUUAUACUUUCUGGCAGUGGUUUGACGGGGUGAUGGAAGUGUUAAAAAAACAUCUCAAGCCUCACUGGAAUGACGGGGCCAUCUUGGGUUUCGUGAACAAGCAGCAGGCCCACGACCUACUCAUCAACAAGCCAGAUGGAACCUUCCUGCUGAGAUUCAGCGAUUCUGAAAUCGGAGGCAUCACCAUUGCCUGGAAGUUUGACUCUCAGGAAAGAAUGUUUUGGAAUCUGAUGCCUUUUACCACUAGAGACUUCUCCAUCCGGUCCCUGGCUGACCGCUUGGGGGACUUGAAUUACCUCAUAUACGUGUUUCCUGACCGGCCAAAGGAUGAAGUAUAUUCUAAGUACUAUACACCAGUCCCAUGCGAGCCUGCCACCGCAAAAGCAGCCGACGGAUACGUGAAGCCGCAGAUCAAGCAAGUGGUCCCUGAGUUUGCUAAUGCAUCUACAGACGCAGGGAGUGGCGCCACCUACAUGGACCAGGCUCCCUCCCCAGUAGUGUGCCCCCAAGCUCACUACAAUAUGUACUCACAGAACCCCGACCCUGUCCUCGACACCGAUGGGGACUUUGAUCUGGAAGACACAAUGGACGUGGCUCGGCGCGUGGAGGAACUCUUGGGCCGGCCCAUGGACAGUCAGUGGAUCCCUCAUGCGCAGUCAUGACCAGACCUCGCCUCCUGCAGCUUCAUCGUCCUCUUGGAGGAACUUCUCGUGGAUGUUUUAAUUCCAUGAAUCGCUUCUCUUUGGAAACAAUACUCAUAAUGUGAAGUGUUAAUACUAGUUGUGACGUUAGUAUUUCUGUGCAUAGUGGCACCAGUGAAGGGAGCGUGCGUGAGUGUGAGUGUGUGAGUUUGCACGUUGUGUUUUUCCCAUCCCUUGCUGUCCAGUCUAAGCCGCAGUUACCAGGGCAGGGGCCAGGCUUGUUUUUACCUUGUGGGAAAAGGAGCCGGUUCCCUGAACCCUGGAACCCGGCCAUGUGUCUUAAGGGUGGCUGAACUUUGACACGUGACUGUUCAAGUAAGAGAAGGACAAAGAGAGGAAAAAGCACCUCCUCUCUGGGGAGCCUUCGUCCCUCUGCCAGGCAGUCCAUAGUCCAAGCAAGCUGUCCCCGUCUGCACCUGUCUUCUGAGAUGGAGAUGACUGUUUCUUGAGGAAGAAAGCCGGUGCCUCACACAUCCCCCGCCCCCUUUGCACAAUGGAUGGAACGGGAAGCUGCAUAAAGAGUGCUGGGGCAAGGGUGGCACAGGUUUCUGGAUGGGUGGUGGCUGUUUCCACCACUUAACCCAUCUUAGCGUUGGCUCCUUGUCCUCUGCUUCCUCGAUCUCUCUGUUUCUAGAGUUGCCCCUCAGCUUCUGUGUGUGUACUCAUGUGGAUAUGUUUAACAAUAGUGGAAAGGAAGGAGGGCCACCCUGCUCGGAGCUUACAGGUGCCCCGUGCUCUGCCAGCGUGGGGUGGGUGGUGUGCGCAGUCCUGGCUCCAGACACUGGGCAUAGCCCCUCUGUGCCACCCUCCCCACUGUGUUGUGGCAAGGCCGCACCUGCGUCACCCAAGGCUUUUCUAGAAGCUUGUUGAUAAUGGCUUUCGGCAAAUGUCCAGUGGUGUUUUUGUCUCUAAACCAGGUCUUUUUAUGUUUUCCCCAUUUGCACCCUAAUUUGACAUCAAGUUUCUCUCUUCCGGUAUCAAGUCCUGGGUCCUCUGUACCCAGGUCACCUCUUUUCCCUUCAGUGUCACGUGGUGUCCUGAGGAGUAGGGGGUAGGAAUUGUGACCUGCACCUGGGGCAGCCUGCCAAGCAGGCAGCCACCCCUUUAGGGUGCUGGGUGCUGUUGGGAGUUAGGGAAACGCAGUCAGCAGGUGUGCUAGGACGUUUGGUAAGCUGUAGAAACAGAACCAAAGCCUCCGCGGUGGUUUUCUUCCAGCCUCCUCUGCAGAGUCACCAGAAGGAAGGAAGGGACUGCAGUGGGCAGGCAGGGAGAGAGGCAAGCAGAGACAGUUACCACCCAGGCCUGCAAAGCCCUCCUUGGCCUCCUCUCCAAACAAGGGCAGAGCCACACCCAGGAGAGGAGGACCCCAAAACCUUAUUUUUAUACAUGCAAGUAAAUAAACAUAUUUUUUUUACAAAAAUAACUUCUGAAUUUAUCAGUGUUUUACUGCUAAGGAAAAUACUCCUGUGUCGUACAUUAUUUAUUGGAAGAAGACUUUUUAAAAGCUGCUGCUUGCCUUGGCUUGGUUUUGUACACUGAUUUUUCUAUGCCUGGUGGUAGCCUCUUGCCUCAGGUGCUCGCUGGGGAUGGAGGAGGUGUGAGGCCCCUCCCUGCCCCUCAGGAGGAAGCUGGAGCUGCUGGAGGACUCCAGGCCUAAGGGACGCUCCCCCGCCUGUCACAUGGCCUGUUUGUCCCUGUAACCCUCACACGGGUGUGGACUUGACACACUUCUAGACUUAUAGUGGACAUGGCCCCGGGGCGUGGGAGUAGCAGAGCAGCCUGGAACCCCUGGAAGGUUCCAUGCUUACUCUCAAGUUGGUUUGGAGAAGAAGGUGCCAAAAAGCAAGACUUCUUGCACAGUUGCUUCGCUCCCCUGGCUUUUCCUGGGGCUGUGCCUGGAGGUGGGAGAGGCUUUUAACUGGAAGCUGUGUUCCCUGUCUGCAUGCUGGGCUCUCCCUUUGCCCCACUCCUGCACACAGAGACCUGGCAAGGGCAGGUUUCCGCCCACCUCUUGCCUGCUCACAGACACACAGGUGAGUCCAGAAAGGUCUCAGCUUGGAGUGUGGCAUGUGUGGGGCUUUGUAGGGGUGGAAGGAGAUUCAAAGUGGCUGUCUCUUACAAUGAAAAUGCUCUUUUAUAAUUUUUCUUUUUAACAUUGUAUUUCAGAUACAUAUUUUAGUGUCCAGGCAGAUUAGUAUAUAGCCACCAAAAAGUAUUGUGUAUAAAUUGGGGCAGCCACAAAAUUGUGUAUUUUAUGUUACAAUAAAGGCGUCUUCUGAAGGGCAA